AUGUCAGCUACCGUCUCUACUGCUCCUCCUACGGCCACCGCCCCGAUGUUCGCCGAGGUCCACGAGCCAACUACCUCAGUCCCCUUCGAUAACAGAGUUUCAUGGACCAUCCGUUUCGUGGACUAUAUCACUCUAGCCUUCUACAAAUACCGCAUACUGUGGGCGAUUCUCAUGGCCAUGGUGGCUAUCGCUUUCUCUUACAUCACCAGUGGGGAUGCCCUUGGAUGGCUUCAACACAACAGUGUUGUUGCUCUGGUAUUCGCCAGUUUUGUGUUCCUUGUCCAACGCAACCUCUUUUCCCAACGUGACGUCUACUGCAUGGACCACUGCGAGUUCAUGCCGCCCGACUCCUGGAAGGUCUCUCGUGAACAGAUCAUCAAAAUCUUCUCCACUGAUAAGAACUUCACACCAGACAGUCUCAACUUCAUGCGCAAACUUCUGGUCAAUUCUGGCACCAGCGACCAUACCGCUUUCCCUCCCAACAUGAUCAAAUCACUCGAGGAUGGCCAGAGGUGGAGUUCUACCUUAGCCGACUCUCGUUUCGAGGGGGAAACCACUAUGAGUGGUGCCCUUCAAGGCCUCAUGAACAAAACAGGCAUUACAGCUAAGGACAUUGACAUUCUAAUCGUAAAUUGCUCUAUGGUUUCCCCAACGCCUUCUCUCUGUGCCAUGCUUGUUCACAAGUUUGGUAUGCGCAGUGACGUUCUGACGUAUAAUCUAUCAGGUAUGGGUUGCAGCGCUAAUGGCAUAUCCAUCGACCUGGCCCAACGUCUACUACAAAACAGGAAGAAUCUCAAGUGUGUUGUUGUGUCUACUGAGAUCACAGCUGAGCAAGUGUAUAACGGCAACGAGAGGGGCUUCCUCGUCCAAAACACACUCUUCCGUUGUGGUGCCACUGCCAUACUUCUCACCAACAAGCCCGAUACUCGCGCCAAAUAUAAGCUACUUAACGUAGUGCGCGCUCAACAGUCCAGAACUGAGAAGGACUACGGGUGUGUGUGGGAGGAUCAGGACGAGGAGGGCCAUAGGGGAGUCUUCCUUGCCAAGAACAUUGUUGAUGUUGCUAGCAAAACCAUCGCUGUCAACUUCAGACGGAUGGGACCACAUAUAUUGCCUAUUACUGAGCUCAUCAAAGUGGUUUUCAAUAAGAAGUAUAUUCCCGAUUUCAAGAAGGGUAUUAACCAUUUCUGCAUCCACGCUGGUGGUCGCGGUGUGUUGGAUGGUAUUCAGAAGAGCCUCAACCUUAGCGAUCGGGAUAUCCUUCCUUCCCGUUUGGACCUCUAUCACAUGGGAAACACCAGCAGCAGCUCUAUCUGGUAUGAGCUGGGCUUUAUCGAGAGAUCUGGAAACCUCCAGGCUGGCCAUAGAAUUCUGCAAGUGGCAUUCGGAAGUGGUUUCAAGUGUAACUCGAUGACUUGGUUGUGUCUUCGUACUGAAUAAAGUCUGUGUCCCUUGUAUUUUCCUGAGAUGCUUUUCACGUCAUUCUGUGUCCUCUCUGAUUCGAUGCAUUCUAUACUACUAUGUGUUAUGUAUCCUUGAACGAGACCGUUCCUUCUCACAUACACUA